AUGGCUCCCUGGUCGAGCCGUCGUGGGUCUCAACCCAACAACUCUACCAGUGACCUCAUCAGCCGAAUACACAAUACAGCUUUACACACGCCUACGACUCUGCCCGCUCUUUACUCGGCCAAUCUGCCGAACCAAUCCAACAGCAAUCGCAUCGAUCUUUCCUUCUCCAAUGCAAACGCCGAGUCAAGCUCCGACGACGAAUUUGACCUGCAUCCUUCGAGACCAUCCUCCAAGCACCCACAUCGUCCUCAGCAUACGCGCUCUAUGAGCCAGCCUUUCCCUUCUCUUUUCAGCAGCAAGAAAAAGAGGCAGAACUCGGUCGGCGCACCUCCGCCCGAUCUGGGCUUCGCCGACGAUGAUACUGCGAUGCAUCGACAAGCGCCCAAGACUCAUACCCGAAACCCAUCCCAUACUCGAACUGGUCCUGCGGGAAGCAAGGACUUUGCGACAGGGAGUUGCAUGACUUGCGGCUCCUUAGUGCGUUGGCCAAGGGAACUCAAGGUCUUCAAGUGCACCAUAUGUACGACGGUCAAUGAUUUGGAGCCUAUGAGUGCAGAUCAUGAUGUCUCGAAAUCGCGGCGGGAUGCAAAUCAAGGCUCGUCCCAUGCAGGCCCAGCACGAGUUCCUCAUAUCUCGAUUGAACAAACGAAGCGACUUGUUCACGAAUCGAUACGAUCCUUCUUGACCAAGAGACUACAGCCGAUUCCCAAGCCUCCUACUGAGCCACCACCGCAACCUCCUGUGCAAAACAAGUUAUCCUUCACUAAUCGGAUGCAAGCUGCUGGCCAGAAACCUGCGCCAAUAGAUUCAAAACAGGAAGCAACGCCUUCUUCCAAGUCUCCUACUAUACAUGUCUCUCAUUAUGUGUUUGAUGAGGAGCCGACUCUACGAUCGAAUCCUGUCAGGACAAACUCUGCGCCAAUGUCACGGUCAUUUUCCUCUUCGCACACGGAAAGACCGCCAAUAAGGACAAUGCUGCAAAACAACGUUUCAAAAGAACAGCAGAAAACGCCAAAUACAACUGAGAACGAUCCGAAAAGAAUAUUCAAGCCUUUGGAGAAUUACGUUCUUGCAUGUUUUGGUUCUUUCGAAUGCAUCCACACUGCUUUCCUAACCCACAACCAUCGCGUUCCCAUUAAAGGUGGGAGUGAAUCGACUAGCCGCAAACCCAUGCCAUCUAACGAGCCUUGGGGAAAGCGAUCCCAUCGCCGAAACCCUUCAGGAAAUCAUGUGGUUCGUGAACAGCGAGAGGAGCGAAAGAUGCCGUCUCUUGAAGACAGUACAUGUGAUCUUGACCCCAAAUUGCUGCUUCUGGGUGAUUUUGCUGAGAACGGGACAUGGUGGAUGGCAAACGAAGAGGAAUCCCGGCCUAGAAGACCGUCAGCACACCGAGUUGAGCGAAGUUUUGCUAAUGCGCCAAUCAUCACAAAGACGCCACAAAUGAGCUGGGCCGAUCUAAUGAAAUGGUACGCUAUUAUCGUAAACCCUGCUGAAGAAUGGCUAGCAGUUUAUGAAGAGCUUCGUCAAGAACAAAGCUUUUUGACGCCUCCCCAGCGGGAUCUGCAGUCGAUCGAACGAGAUUUGCUUCAGGGACAGGAGCAUGCUCGGCGGGUCUUGCUCAAAGCGACAGAAAUGUUACUGAAGAGGCCUGGAAGACCUUUGAAAGAUCCAGCAGACUUGAGAUUUCUUCUAGUAGUCUUAGAAAACCCGCUCCUGCACGAGUACGAAACGUUGUUUCGUGGAGUACUACAACCAGAGCGCAGCUCACCUACUGACAUGGUUCCGACACGGCCGAGGAAGACCAUUCCCCCCGAAUCUGGCCCUCUAUCAGGACAGCACUCCGGUAUCAUCAAACGCAUAGUGGGCCUGAUAUCUAAUUCGUCACCUGAGUGUCAUAAUCAGUUGAUCACUUGGUUCGGAAGACAUCACCCUUCCCGGUUUGCUAGGACGAAAGACCUUGCAUCUGGUUUCCUGACCUAUAGGAUGAUCCGGCAGAGUGGAAAGAAAGAAGAAGUUAAAGUAGACAUCACCGCUGGACUAAUUCCACAAAUGCAAGAAGGUCGUUCAGGGGCCUACCUUUAUGAUGAGAUCCACCGCACGACCUCGUCAAAGAAAGCUAAGGAGCCUGAAAAGAAAAUCAUGUAUGCUGAAGACUGGCAAAUCAAGGCUUCUUCGCGAGUUUUGGCACUAUUAUUCGCUGCCAAUAAUUUGCCAUACAAUCGGAGGAGUGAGGACACUGUCCCAAAUUCCGCCGAGAAUCGAGCCUGUGUUCAUUCUUAUGGACAGAUUCUACCGACGAGUGACUUCUACAACUCAAUGAUCGAUUAUACUGACUUGGUCGCGGAUUUUGAGAAUUGGGAAGCCCGGAGGAAUAAGUUUACGUUCUGUCAGUACCCAUUCCUUUUGAGCAUCUGGGCGAAAAAUCAUAUUCUCGAACACGAUGCACGUCGACAGAUGCAAAGCAAAGCCCGCGACGCCUUCUUUGAUAGUAUCAUGAGUCGCAAGGCUAUCAAUCAGUUCCUAGAGCUGAACGUUCGUCGAGAUUGUUUAGUUGAUGAUAGUCUGAAGGCGGUCAGUGAAGUGAUCGGAAGUGGAAGCGAAGAUAUCAAGAAGGGUCUUCGUAUCACCUUCAACGGUGAAGAAGGAGUAGAUGCUGGUGGUCUUCGAAAAGAAUGGUUUUUGCUUCUUGUUAGAGAAGUCUUCAAUCCCGAGCACGGCCUGUUUCUAUACGAUGAAGACUCACAGUAUUGUUACUUCAACCCAAACGCGUUCGAAACUUCGGAUCAAUUCUUCUUGGUAGGCGUCGUCAUGGGACUCGCUAUCUAUAACUCGACCAUUCUAGACGUGGCUCUUCCACCCUUCGCGUUUCGUAAACUUAUCGCAUCUGCUCCAACGCAUGGUACUGGGGCAUCAGCCCAUCCAAAACCUCCCAUGCGCUACAAUCUUGAAGACCUUGCUGAGUACCGACCUCGACUGGCUCGGGGACUAAAGCAACUGCUUGAAUAUGAGGGCAACGUGGAAGAAACAUUCUGCCUCGAUUUCGUUAUUGAUAUGGAUAGAUACGGAACUCAGGUUCAGGUUCCUCUUUGUCCUGGAGGCGAGCGCAUUCCCGUCACAAACAGCAAUCGUCGUGAAUACGUGGAUCUUUAUGUUCGGCACGUAAUCGAUGUGUCGGUAACAAGACAGUUCGAGCCCUUCAAACGAGGUUUCUAUACUGUAUGUGGAGGCAAUGCUCUUUCUCUCUUCAGGCCAGAAGAAAUCGAGCUCCUAGUGCGAGGCUCGGAUGAAGAGCUUGAUAUCAACUCAUUGAGAGGUGUGGCCGAGUACGAUAACUGGGGCAGCAAGAAGCCAGACGGCACUGAGCCUGUCAUCGACUGGUUCUGGGAGAGUUUUCAGGCGGCCUCUUCACAGGACCAGCGCAAACUUCUUCUGUUCAUCACUGGCAGCGACCGUAUUCCUGCCAUGGGUGCUGCUGUGUUGCCAAUCAAGAUAUCCUGCCUUGGUGAGGAUGAAGGCAGGUUCCCCAUUGCUCGAACAUGCUUCAACAUGUUGUCUCUCUCACGAUACGAGUCCAAGGAGAGGCUAGAAAAGAUGUUAUGGACUGCCGUUCGUGAGAGCGAGGGCUUUGGCAUAAAGUAG